AUGGACGCAUGGAUAGAGGCAAAGAAGCAACUUCCCAGCGACCUUCAGGAGCAGGAUGGUGAUUGGUAUCGCGGACUUGGCUUCGUGACCCUAGGACUCAAAAUGAAUUUCUUCAUUCUCAUUGUGUCAAAUACACCAAGGAAUGAAUUCAGGCUAGGCAUCUAUGUAACACCCAGUCUCUCAUACGCUAAGGAUAUCGCAGGUCGAGCAAUGGCAGCCAUGGUCUUCAAAGACAUCAACGAACAAGAUCUGGACCUCUGGGAACCUAGCGCAGAGGGAUGGAAAAAACCUCGUCGUGCACUUUCUGACCCUAUCGUGUCAGAAUAUCUCUAUACCAAUGAGGUCCAAAAAUGCCGAUAUCAUUUAUGGGCUGAUUUCGCAACAGCCAUGGUCUGUUUCGGCUGGUGA